AUGAAAGACUCUGUUAGUGAUGUUGGAAUCCCACAAUGGAUAGUUGAUAUUCGACAUAGUGCAACUCAUUCGUAUCUUCCAUCGUUGGAUAGUUUGCGUCAAGCAGCGAGAUAUUGUCGGGAUUGGCUUUGGGAUCAUCACUGGUCACGGCCAGUAGCCGAAGCUAUUGGAUUAAAUUCGAAUAUUCAAAAUGAGAGUAAUGAAAACGAAGUGCACCAAGAAGCUAUUGACUUAAUUGAUCGAUUCAUGUUAUUUUCUUUACAAAAGAUGAAACUAUCUGCACGUAAGAAAAAAGAUAGAACAGACAGGAAUAUGAAGUUGCAGAAGGUACUGACAAAAAUGGAAACGUUCAUUAUGAUGCAUCCUUGGGAAUUUCUGAACGCAUUUUUAAUGGAAGGAUAUUUGAUUUUAAACGAAAAACAAGCUAAAUCGAUUGAUUAUAAUUUAUUUGCAGAAAAUGAAAAAAUAUGGGAUAUUCCAGAAGAUUUGCAACUUUUCUGGAAACCAAUCUUUCAUUACCUGAAUGAAGCCAAAAUGUUGCCCGAGUUACUUUUCCAGCUUCUUGAAACUUUAUCAGACGAUGAAAUGCAACCGAUACGGAAACGACAACUAAUUGCAUGGAGUGAUCGAAUGUUAAUUGCUUAUAUAGAAUCUAACGUCCUAACUCAAUCUGAAUGGGAGAGAAUUUUGAAGGCGAUAAUGUUAGCUCCAAAGGAAUUAAGAGAAGCCUAUUUUGAGAAAGUUUUGAUAAAACAUGGAAAAAUGACAGAAAAAGGACAGGAUGCUUUGAGGCAACUAGCAAAUCUAUCUUCUAGAGUGGAGAUUACUUCAGAAACAUCAACAUCUCGAGUUUCUUCCGAUAUUGCUACAUCUUUGAGAACUGUCGAAGACUUGCAACAGUUAAUGAUGCAGAAAAAAAAUGAGAAGCAACCAGGAACAAGUGGUUCAAGCAAUGCUUCCAGUAAUACACAUCGUUGGUCAACUUGUAAUCCAUUGGAAUGGAAAGGUAUUCCACUUGGGUUAACACCUGAGCAAAGUACUGAAUCAUUGUACCUGGUUGUUGAACUUGAAGAAGAACAAGUUCGAAAACGUCACCGCGUUACCUAA